AUUUAGGAGCCCAACUAAUUAAGCUCUUCUGAAAGAGCCGUCUGGCUCCAGCAAACAGCUUCUCUGUGGUUCUUUCUGUUGCAAAACCCCGGGGGAGGCUGGAUUGGGAGGGCAGUGCCAUCACCCACACGGCUUCGGAGGGGAGGGCUCUCUGCCAGGCCCUCUGGAGAUAGCCUGCCCGCUUGCUCUCCUCGGGGAGGCAUGCAACGACUUGCUUUCGCAGCCUGUCUGCAAAGCACCCCAAAUUAGACCCUUCAGGUGGAUGUGUCGUCAACCGAAGGGAAGGUCGCCCUGAAGACUCGUCUCCUGAGCAGCCCGGAGGGAUGCUGUGAGAUGGCAGAUGAGGGGAUGACGGGACUUCUCUAUGGAAGAAGGCUGGAAUGGGUGGAAAUCAUCGAGCCUCGAACCCGGGAGCGCAUGUACGCCAACCUCAUCACGGGGGAGUGUGUGUGGGACCCCCCCGCUGGGGUGCGGAUCAAACGCACGAAUGAAAACCAGUGGUGGGAGCUCUUCGACCCCAACACCUCCCGUUUCUACUACUACAAUGCCACCACGCAGAGGACAGUGUGGCACCGACCACAGAACUGCGAUAUCAUCCCUCUGGCCAAGCUGCAGACCCUGAAGCAGAACACGGAGUCGCCGAGGGCUUCCACGGAGAACAGCCCCGGGAGGAGCAGCAAUGUCAGCAGGGAGGGCAGCACCAGUUCCUCCCUGGAGCAGGAGCUGGAGGGCAGCGAGAAGGUGCAGGAGCAGAGGUCAAGCCGUCAGUCAACCCAGUAUGCCGUAGUGAAAGAAGAAACAGAAAGUUCAUCGCCUUCCGGAGUGUUUGAGAAAGAAUAUGACAUUUAUCGUGAUUACAGUGCGGAAGGUCAACUCCUCCACUACAGGACGUCAUCCCUGCGAUGGAACGCCGGCACCAAGGAGCGGAUGCUGAUCAAAGUGACCGACCGCGAGCCCAGCUUCCUCAUGCACCAAGGCAACGGCUACGCGCCCGAAAACCAACCGGGCACCCGUUCGCGGCGACCCUCAGGGGGCCAACAGUCGCCCAACCUACAAACCUUCGCCCCCGACACCGACAACUCUGUUUUCUUCCCGGAGAGGAAGCAGUCACCCUUCCUGAAGAGGGCCGAGCACGUGGGCAGCUGCUCGCCGCUGCUCGGCCGGGGGGACUCCUUCUGCUCCCCGCUCCAAGCCCAGCACCGCAAGCACUCCAGCGAGUCGCAACCCUCCUCACCCCGCUACGCUUAUGAGCCCCCCCUCUAUGAGGAACCCCCCAUGGAGUACCAGGCUCCCAUCUAUGAUGAACCCCCUGUGGACAUGCAGUACGAAGCCAGCGGGAGCUACAAAGCCGGCUCGCCGCAGAAAUCGCCCAUCCGUAAACCUCACCCCUUCCUGCAGUCGCCCAAGCAAGGCUCCAACUCACCCUACCAGCAGUUGGUGCUCACCAAACAGAAGUGUCCCGACCGGUUCAUGAGCCUGGAGUACAGCCCCGCCGGCAAGGAGUACGUCAGGCAGCUGGUCUACGUCGAGCAGUCGGGCUCCAGCCCCAAGAUGAAGACGGGGUUGAGGCACAAAUAUUCCCCCAACCCCAUCGGCGGCUCCUACUCGCUGCAGCACAGCCCCUGCCUGGUCCGGGACCAACGCUUGGAGAUCAAAUCGGGUGACUACAGCAGCAUGGAGGGACCCGACUUCUGCCCUGGCCCAACGGGUGGCCAAGUGGCCCAGGGCGAGGACUCCAUGUCGUGGUCCAGCCAACAGGACACUUUGUCCUCCACUGGCUACUCACCCUCCACCAGAAAGAGGAAAAGCCGAAAGCCUUCCCUAUCCCACGACCCCAACGCCUCCUCCACGGACGGCUCGGGGGACCGGGAGGUGUUGGGCGAGCAGAUGCUGGGUGAGGAACGAGCCACCCCGGGACCCAACAGGUCACCGAUGAACCGUACGGAGAGCAAGGCGGCGGAGGCAGAGGCGGCACGGGGCUUCCCCGAGCCCUUCCUGGCACAGGCACGCCUGGCUUGGGAAGCCCAGCAAGCCCACUACCAUAUGAAACAACGGAGCAGCUGGGAUUCCCAAAAGGACGGUUCUGGCUACGAGAGCGACGGUGCCCUCCCUUUGCCCAUGCCGGGUCCGGUGGUGCGAGCCUUCAGCGAGGAUGAGGCGUUGGCGCAGCAGGAGAACAAGCACUGGAAGAGGAACACCUUCGAGAAGCUGGGCUUCCCCCAGAUCCUGCUGGAGAAGAGCGUCUCCGUGCAGACCAACCUGGCCUCCCCCGAGCCCUACCUGCAUCCAUCUCAGUCAGAGGAUCUCGGUGCCUGCGCCCAGUUCGAGAGCAGCAGACAGACCAGGAACAUGAUGCCUAGCGCCAGCUGUGUCUUCCCCACCUUCAACCUGCGGAAGCCCUCCUCGGAGACGGACAUUGAGAACUGGGCCUCCAAGCACUUCAACAAGCACACCCAAGGGCUCUUCCGCAGGAAGGUGUCCAUCGCCAACAUGCUGGCCUGGAGCAGCGAGUCCAUCAAGAAACCCAUGAUCAUGACCAACGACCGCAACGUCAAGAAAGAGGCGUGCGAGAUAUUUAAACUGAUUCAGAUGUACAUGGGGGAUCGGCGGGCCAAGACGGACCAGCUCAACGUGGCCUUGGAGAUCGCCACCAAAGGCUGGAGCAUGCAGGGUCUGAGAGACGAGCUCUACAUCCAGCUGUGCCGGCAGACCACCGAGAACUUCCGUUACGAGAGCCUGGCCCGGGGCUGGGAGCUCAUGGCCAUUUGUUUGGCCUUUUUCCCACCCACUCCCAAAUUUCAUUCCUACCUAGAAGGAUACAUUUACAGGCACAUGGAUCCAGUGAAUGACACUAAAGUGACCCAGCACAUUAAAGAAAUCCUGGAAAGGACCAAUAAGAAGAAAUCCAAAUUGAGAAAGAAACCCAAGCCCUAUAUCGAAGAGCACGAUGGGGUGGCAAUAAGCACUUACGCCAAGUACUGCUACAACAAGCUGCAGAAGGCAGCUCUGACGGGAGCCAAGAAGGGCCUGAAGAAGCCGAACAUCGAGGAGAUUCGCCAUGCCAAGAACGCCGUCUUCAACCCUUCCAUGUUCGGCAGCUCCCUGCAGGACAUCAUCAACAUGCAGAAGGAGCGGUACCCCGACCGGCAGCUGCCCUGGGUGCAGACCCGCCUCUCCGAGGAGGUCCUGGCGCUCAACGGGGACCAGACCGAGGGCAUCUUCAGAGUCCCCGGUGACAUCGACGAGGUCAACGCGCUCAAGCUGCAGGUGGACCAGUGGAAGAUCCCCACCGGCUUGGAGGACCCCCACGUUCCCGCCUCCCUGCUGAAGCUCUGGUACCGGGAGCUGGAGGAGCCACUGAUCCCCCACGAGUUUUACGAGCAGUGCAUCACUCACUACGAGAACCCCGAGGCGGCCAUCGCUGUCGUCCACUCUCUGCCCAGGAUCAAUAAAAUGGUGCUGUGCUACCUCAUCCGCUUCCUACAGGUGUUCGUGCAGCCGGCCAACGUGGCCGUCACCAAGAUGGACGUCAAUAACCUGGCCAUGGUGAUGGCCCCCAACUGCCUGCGCUGCCAGUCGGACGACCCGCGGAUCAUCUUCGAGAACACCCGCAAGGAGAUGUCCUUCAUCCGGGUGCUCAUCCAGCACCUCGACACCAGCUUCAUGGAGGGCGUCCUAUAGCAGCCGCCACCGAGUCCCCCCGCCACGAGCCCCCUCUCCU